UAGACCUAUGUAUACAAUAUUACUUUCAUAUUUAGUCAGCAAGCAAGCUAUAUGGUGCAGGUCUCAAUCAUGAUAGCAGCACUAGGAUUCUUUAAUGUCUGGUGUUCUGCAUUUUCAUGAAUCAUAUAUCAUCCGGUGAAAGUUCUCCACAAGCCUAGCGUCCAGUGAGAUCAGCAUUCACAGCGAGGAUCAGAUGAAUUUGAUUGGAGAAAGCAUGCAGAAUAACAAGAAUGUUAUAUGUGAUGGAGAUUACAGGACUCCAUUGAGGGAUGUUUCGUUUUCUUCAUAUGCUCCUGGAAGUAGUACUAAGCAAAAAUCUAAUUUGAAACUGAAGGGAACAGCUGCCGGCAAUCAGACCAGACAAGAGACCAUUCAAUGCAUUGAAGGAGAUGAUACCAGUGAGCCAGCUUUUGUAAACGGUUUACAGAAGCAAAAUUCCUGCAGUAACAGGGUACCCAUUAGUGGGAGAGCCUUGGACUCAGAGAUAAGUAUAUUUCAAGCAGAAAAGUACUUCACUGAUCGAGAAGAGAAGGAAACAGAUGUAAAUCUUGAAUCCACAAAAGAGAGCUCCAAGCCAGGAGAGAAUUCCAAUUCUAAAGACAAAAUUCGGGCAAGAAACAAUAAGGUAUUGCUGUCUAAUCAUGAAUUAACUAAUUCUUGUAAUCUGAUUUCUUCCCCUGCAUCCUCCAUAGUCGUAGUCAAUCAGUGUUUUAGGCCAGGGGGAUCUACUCCAUCGACGUCCUCGGAGGCUAGCUGGAACAGCCGGUCUGGACUGCUUUCCAGGUCGUCCCGCAUUUCAGCAAGCAGAUCGCCUACAAAGGCAGGGCAAAAGUACUCUGGAAUGUGGGCAUUUUGUUGCAAAUGGCCUUGCUCGAGCAGGAAAUCUGUAGAGAUUGAGGAUACUCUAACGGAGUUUAAGCUGGCUUCCUCAGUGCCCAAUUCCUUGACCUCCCAUGCACCAUUGAAUUGUCCGCCCAGCUCGGCGAGGGAAUGUUAUCCCAGCCCAGGGAAAAAGGUUUUGGGAGAUUCUGACCGAGAAUGUUUGGGAGAACAACUUGAUCGGAAAAGCAACGAUGGAUUUACUUUCCCAAUUAUGUCUGCUAAAUCUCAAGAAGAGGUGAGGCAAUCAUUGGGAGUGUUCGGUUCUCCAUUUCCUGGUACACCCAAUCGCGAAGAGACUCGUAACUUCAACCCAGAUAUGGCCAUACCUCAGCUGAUCCAGCCCUCAGAUUUACAGGGGCGUUUGGUGCUCUUUAAUUUAGACAAGUCCAGAAAGAGUUUUACCUCCCACUCCAACCGUGAAAUUCAUAAGCUUGGAGAGAUCAGAAAUGAGGACUGUGAUCAAGGUAUGGAGAGCGAUUCGAGCUCAGAUCUUUUCGAAAUUGAGAGUGCCUCCUAUCCAUUGAGGGGGGAUUUUGAAGAUGAUACCUCCAAUACUCAGUCACAUAAUCAGUCUACAGCCUGCCAACUUGGCUUUCCAAAAUACUUUCAUUUUGGAGGGAGGGAAGAUGCAGUCACCUCCUCUGCAAAGAAUUGCUGUUAUGAGUCACAAAGAACAUUUGUCAGUCACCAGAGACAUUAAAUUUCGGUAGCUGUAGGUAGCUUCUUUGUGUUGUUUCUUAAUUUCUCACAUGAUGUUUGCAGUGGAUUUAAUGGGUGCUCUAACAGAUUUACAGACAAUUCAGCAGAUGGUGUAUUUCCCUAAAAACAGAGGAUCUCAUAAUCACAAACACUUCGACUGUGGUAGUCUGUUUAAAAUUUUAUUGUAUCAUUAACGUGGCACCUGUGUAUCAAUCAAAUUAUUAGGCUACGUUCACUAAGAGAUAAUGUCAAUUAGUGAGGUUUUGUCUAUGCAUUUACGUUGCAAUGCUUUCAUGAUUGAUUGCAUGAAGAUUUUGAUAGA